CGUUCCCGUAUGUUUCGUCGCUUGCUGAAACGCAGAGGCGGGGCUUCUUAGCCUGGUCACGUGAGCUCGAGUCCCCUCCCCCCACUUGCCAAUUUCUGCCAUGACAGUCGAAAAUUCUCUCUGUUUUUAAAAGAUGAAUGUAUUUGAAUCCAGUGAAAAUGAGACCUCAGUGCCCAUUAAGAACUCUUUUGCUAUUCAAGAGCUUCUGGGUUUGGAGGAUUGCUCCGAAUCCAGACGAAAAGAGUCGAAUAGCCAUCAUCACCACCAUUCAGUGAAAUCGCCCAAUUCUGCGGAUUUCUUACAUAUGACCAAAGGUCUUUCGUUCUCAAACAGUGGUGGACAACGUUUGUACUUCAAUCCGAAUUUGAUCUCUGGAUCGUUCUUCCAAUCCAGCCAGUUUCAUAAUAUCCCUCAGUUAGUCUCAUUAGAUCAAUCGAAAGAUGUCUUGGGUUCAGGCAACGAUGCAAUGCACAACAUCCACAGCUCAUCGAAGAAGAGGAAGAAGAAGCGACGCCAUCGCACGAUAUUCACAUCGUACCAGCUCGAAGAACUGGAGAAAGCCUUCAAAGACGCACAUUACCCCGAUGUCUAUGCCCGAGAAAUGCUGUCUAUCAAAACCGAUCUGCCAGAAGAUCGCAUCCAAGUUUGGUUUCAAAAUCGACGUGCCAAAUGGCGGAAAACCGAGAAGUGUUGGGGCAAAGCGUCCAUAAUGGCCGAAUAUGGUCUCUAUGGGGCCAUGGUGCGGCAUUCACUUCCAGUGCCAGAUACGAUUCUACGGGACUCGGAGCGAGGAGACACCGUGGCUCCUUGGUUACUAGGAAUGCACCGAAAAUCAAUGGAAGUUGCUCAGAAAAUGGUUGACUCAAAUUCAAAUGGCGACGAAAUGCACAAUAGCUUUCCAUCUGUGUCGUCAAAUGGAGAAGAAUCACUCAGAAGUAACAGCAUUGCAGCUUUAAGAGCUAGAGCGCUAGAACAUAGCGAGAGGAUCUCCAAUCAGAAUACUAAUGUUUCGAACUCACCUACUACAUCAAUAACAUAAUAAAAAACAGAUAUGUCUGA